GAGUUCCGACUGCCAAACUUAACACUUCCGCAGUUUGUUCAAACUUUAGGAAUUUGUACCUUGGUGGGAGCACAGCACAACUGCACAAGUGAAAUCGAUGGCGUCUUCGGCGGCAGCAAUGAAAGAGUUGCAGCACGAGCUAGAGAACAAGGCCAACGAUCUCCGUAAACUUCAAAAAGAUAUUGCGAAAAAUCAUGAAAUCAGAAAGAAGUACACCGUGCAACUCGGCGAAAACGAGCUCGUCCUCAAGGAGUUGGAUUUGCUGAAUGAAGAUGCAAAUGUGUAUAAAUUGAUAGGUCCAGUUUUAGUCAAGCAGGAUUUAGCGGAGGCAAAUGCAAAUGUGCGCAAAAGAAUCGAGUAUAUAUCUGCUGAAUUGAAACGUCUUGAUGCAACGCUCCAAGAUAUGGAAGAAAAACAAAAUAGCAAAAAGGAGGGGAUAAUGAAGAUACAGCAGAAAAUUCAAGUUCUUCAAGCUGGGAAGUCCAAGGUGUAGUGACUCAGUGCAUUGAAGUGCCUUGUCUAGUAGUAAAUCGGUUACCUGCUUAAUUCUGGUUUUUCUUUUUAAAAUUAUUGUUAUAGAGAAACCUGGAAAAUAUUCUUGUCAACGGUUGAUAUAGCUAAAUUUGGGGUCACUAGAGGAAUUCAGUGUUAGAAUAUUUUCAAAUUUUGGACUCAAAAAGAAAAAUAUAUAUAAUGGCGUGAGCAUCUCUUAUUCUUGA